AUGGCCUCCGCGACAUCCGCGACGCCCGCGAUCCGCCUCACCGUCCUGAUAUCAGGCAACGGCACAAACCUUCAAGCCGUAAUUGACAAAGUGGCAGCAGGCCAACUGGGCGCAGCAACGACGAUCGUGCGCGUAAUCUCCAAUCGCAAAGACGCCUUCGGUACAAGAAGCAGCACCCCCCCGACGACCGAGGGCGUCCAGGCCGCGCGCGAGGAGUACGAUGCAGAGCUUGCGCGGCUGAUUCUCGCGGACGCGCCGGACCUCGUCGUGUGUCUAGGAUUCAUGCAUGUUUUGUCUCCGCGGUUUUUGGAGCCGCUGCAGAAGACGAAUACGCGGAUCAUUAAUUUGCAUCCUGCGCUACCUGGGGCGUUCAACGGUGUGAAUGCGAUUGAGCGAGCCCAUGCGGCGUGGCUGGAGGGCAAGAUCGACAAGACCGGGGUGAUGAUCCACGAUGUGAUCUCGGAGGUGGAUAUGGGCACGCCCAUCCUCGUGCGGGAGAUUCCGUUUCGGAAGGGAGUCGACGAGGAUGUGCAUGUGUUUGAAACGCGAGUCCAUGAAGUCGAAUGGGGAACGGUCAUUGAGGGGGUGGAUAUUGUGAUCCAGGAGCUGGUGGCCCAGAAGCAAAAAGGAUCAUGA